UUCUGUAUUAUAGAGAAAUAUUAAACAACAACAUAUAUGCAUGUUAAGAACACAUUAUGCACAUUCAGUAUAGUGUGGAAUGGAUAAAUUAGCAGUCUUAAAGCAUAUGUCAAACAAACACACAGACAAAAACAACAUUAAGAACUUGAUUUUAAUCACGCGGAACAUUAACAACAUCAACCUUAAAUGCCAGGCUGAAUCUGAAAUUUCAGACCAUCUAAUGGCAAAUUGCGGCAGAUGUUUUCCUUCUCUAAACCACACUCCUUGACCCAUUUUUUAUAUAUCCAUCCAAAACUGUUUCCUCCUUUUUUGUAUAUUCCCAGCAAUCCUUUAACACUGUGCGUGUGCGGUGCUUGUCAUCACUUCCCUGCAAAUGAACCCAGUACAUCAUCGCUAGCUUCUUCCUUCACAAAUCUAAUGGCAUCUCCCCCAUUUCAACUCUGAUGGCAUCUAGAGGGGUUGAUCUUAUUGCUCCACAGCAGAUUCUGAUGCUCUAGAUUGUAUGUUAUCCAAUUUCUUCAGUUCUGAUUUGCACCCAUCUCCAUAUACUACACAUCCAUAAUUUAUGCUAGAUCGUAUCAAAGCUUGAUAUAUCUGUAGCAGUGAACUUUUAUUUGCUCCCCAAUCAUGCUUAGUUAUUGAUGUCAUACAAUUAAGUACACCCUUACAUUAAUUUUCAAUUUUCUAAAUAUUUGACCUCCAAUUUAAUUUUUCAUCAAAGAUACCUAAAUUAUCACACUCUUUCUAUUGGUUGACUAUACAACUUCAAUUUUGUUUGUUCCACUUUCUUUUUCCUUGUAAAAAUCAUAUACUGGGUCUCUUGAACUGAGACUUUUAAAAGCGCUGUUAUGUUAAUUAAAAAGCAAAUACACUUACACUGAAAUAUAUCUUUUUCCUAGGGAGUUCAACCUGUCUUACUUGAUGAGAUAUUCACGUCUGUCAGAUUCCCAACUAGAUGAAAUUGUUCAGCAUUUAGUUGGAGAAAAUGACGAGAUUGGGGCAAAUGCCGUUCGGGCCAGGCUUGCAGCAGUAGGUGUUCGAGUGCAGCGAAUGAGAGUGAGAGACAGUAUGGUUAGAGUGAAUCCCACUGGAGCUGCGCAGAGAGCGUUGGCCCAAAAACUGCACCGAAGAAUUUACCGUGUUGCAGGUCCCAACUCGUUGUGGCAUAUUGAUGGAAACCACAAACUGAUCAGGUGGAGAAUAGUGAUCCAUGGGGGAAUAUGUGGCUUCAGCAGGCUGGUGGUGUUUUUGUGGGCCUCAGACAACAACAGAAGCAGCACAGUGUUUGAACAGUUUGUUCAUUCCACUUCCAAGUAUGGGGUGCCAUCUAGAGUCAGAUGUGGCCACGGAGGAGAGAACAAUGAUGUGUGCCUCUUCAUGAACACUUACCGUGGAUGGGAAAGAGGAAGUGCUAUCCGUGGCAAAAGUGUCCACAACCAGCGAAUAGAAAGACUGUGGGGUGAUCUUUGGCGAGGUGUGACACAUGUAUAUCACCAGCAGUUUUCCUUCCUUGAAAGUGAAAGAAUCAUCAACUGCUCCAAUGAACUUCAGAUGUGGGCACUUCAUUAUGUUUAUCUGCCACAGAUAAACCGGGAUAUUGAAGUGUUCGUAGAUCAGUGGAACAACCAUGGUUUACGAACUGUUGGCCACCAAACUCCGUACCAGCUAUUUGUCCAAGGAUAUCUACAAAGACAAGCGCAACCCCUUACUGCCAUGGCUGAGGUUUUUGAAACCAACACAGCUCCACAAGGUGCAGUCGCUUCAGUUCCUGUGCUGAACCGGCAGGAAGUAGUCAGUGUUCCUGUUAACCAAUUCAGUCCGAGCCAAAUACAAAUGCAACAAUUUCAAGAAGUAGACAUUCUUGGUGGACCUAUGAAUGGUGAGGCCAUAGAUGCGCUCCAAACGGUAAUUCGUAUUUUACAAGAGUAAAAUUCUGCCCAAUAAGUUUUGCCCUGGGUCAAAACUGGACAAGUGCUUCAGCAUUUCAAAGUUCUCCAAUUCAGAUUUUUUUACACAACACCCAUCUAAAUG